AUGCCCAGUUACGAAGCCUUCUCAGGGCUCUUGAACAAAGUGACGAAAAACUACCAGGCCAUCACCGAUGACAACAGAAGUUUUGUACUUCAAAAUCUCCAAGAGAUGACGCGAUGUAGAAUGAUUGACGAAUGGAUGGAGACUGAAAUUGGUCAAGCGGGCCCAGUGGCGGUUCGACAAGAAGGCUGCAGUCACAAUGCUCCCACUAUCAAAUGGAGCAGAGUCAUAUCGGCCAUUCAAGCGGGGCUUUUCUGUCAAGCAAACCACCCCAAUGACGUCUAUCGCGGCCGCUUGGGGGAUUAUGAAUACAUUAUCACCAAACGGCAAUGGAAACUUCUGGAGAAGCGGAAUUGGAAUGUGAACAAGGUGCCGAGCCAAUCUGAUUGGUACGAAGAACGCAACGAGAGACAAAAGGUCAAGGCUGAAUACAUUCGCAUCGCAAACCUACUGGCUAUCGGUGAGUAUAUUGGCAGUUGA